AUGUGUGCUCCAUCGGAUUUCAAGUAUCGGACUUUCGACCCAUGUCUCUACAUCAAGACUUCGGACGGCCAUUGCGUGUUUAUACUGGUCUACGUGGACGACGUCUUGAUGACUGGAAGCUCGCUCGAGCUGAUUGCACAAACCAAGAACGACCUGAAGACGCGGUUCGAGAUGACGGACAGCGGCAAGUGUGCGUUUGCUCUUGGGAUCGAGCUUUUGGGCGGUGAAGAUGGCAGUGUGACACUAUGUCAGCGUCGGUAUGUCGAUGAUAUCCUCAAGCGCUUUGGCAUGGAUGAUUGCAAGGCAGUCGCAAGUCCAGUCGACAUGAGCUCUCGACUUGUUUCAAGUGAUGCAACUACCAAGGUCGAUGCUCCUUUUCGCAAAGCUGUUGGUGCGUUGAUGCACCUGACCACUGCAACGCGUCCGGACAUUGCGUUUGCUGUGGGCUAUGUGUUGCGGUUCAUGGAAAAUCCCCAAGAAGAACACUGGGUUGCAGUUAAGCGUAUCUUUCGCUACCUACAAGGCACCAAGACGCAUGGAAUUUGCUACAAGCCAAGUGCAAGGAUCGACUUCCGUGGACAUUCGGAUGCGGAUUGGGCUGGUGAUCUUACCGACCGCAAGUCAACAUCGGGGUACACGUUCAUGCUACUCGGUGCGCCAGUCAGUUGGGGCAGCAAGAAGCAGCCAAGUGUUUCUUUGUCCACGACUGAAGCUGAAUACAUCGCACUCAGCUUGGCGAUUCAAGAGGGCAAGUGGAUUCAUCGUCUGCUUUGUGAGAUCGUGAUGGCUGCCAAUGAAGAAGGACCGGAACUCAUGAUCCAUGAAGACAAUCAGUCGUGUAUCAAGAUGACGAAGAACCCAGUCAACCACGGCCGUGCCAAGCACAUUGAUAUCAAGUACCAUCACAUCCGUGAUGAGGUCAAGCGCGGUGAAGUGAAGCUCAAGUACUGUGAAACUGCGGUGAUGUUAGCGGACAUCAUGACGAAGGGACUUCAUGGACCACGCCACAAGGAGAUGACGACGGCUCUCGGGAUUCGUGAGCAUUCGGAUUGA